UGGCGGCGGCACGGGUCUGGGAGGGAUUCCGAAAACCACCUUCGGAGCUGUCAGUCCUGCGGCCCCGGGGACCGCAAGGUCCGAGCCAGAAAUGGUGUUUCUUCAUGUCCACGGGAUGCAGCUAUGAGGCUGCAUUGACGAGGCCCCGGGAGCAGUGGUUCAGACGUCUCCAAGCAGUGAUGCAACUGAAGUCAUCCUUAGUACCACGAGCCGUUCUUCCCCCAAAGGUGGCUUACCUGAAGAGUGAAGUUGCACGGCUGGAGGUGAGAAGAGCAAAUUGCAGGUUUUGGUGCUGAGCAGGCCUGCGUUCCGUCAUGGCCCUCUACUUUGACCACCGCAUAGAAGCCCCAGACACAGUUGGGUCUCCCUCCCACAUUGGUUGGCACCCCAUCCACCCAUUGUUGGCAGUUGCUUCUGUUAGCACAACCUCAGGAGGCAGCGUGGAUGUGUAUCUGGAGCAAGGCGAGCGCGUGCCAGACACGCAUGUCGAGAGGUCGUUCCGGGUCACCUCCCUGUGCUGGCACCCGACGCGGCUGAUCCUGGCUAUUGGCUGGGAGUCUGGAGAAGUGGUCAUGUUUAACAAGCAGGACAAGGAGCAGCACGCAGUCCCCGCCACGCACACGGCUGACAUUGCCAUCCUCGCCUGGAGCCCCAACGGGAACUGCCUGGUGUCGGGGGACAGGCUCGGCGUCCUGCUCCUGUGGAGGCUGGACCAGCGGGGCCGCGUGCAGGGGAUGCCGCUGCUGCGGCACGAGUACGGGCAGCCCCUCACCCACUGCAUCUUCCUGCUGCCCCCGCCCGGCGAGGACCUGGUUCAGCUGGCCAGGGCGGCAGUGAGCGGGGACGAGAAGGCCCUGGACAUGUUUAACUGGAGGAAGAGUGGCUUUGGGAGCAUCCUGAAGAUGGGGUCUCAGGAGGGCCUCUCGUUCUUCGUCAGCCUGACGGACGGGACUGUGCACCACGUGGAUGAGAAAGGCAGGACGGCCCAGGUAGCAUCCACAGACAGCUCCAUCCAGACGCUGUUCUACCUGGAGCAGAGGGGGGCACUGGUGGCGGUGACGGACAGCCUGCUGCUCUGCCUGUUCACGGUGACGCCCGAGGGCACGGCCGAGGAGGUGAUGAAGGUGAAGCUGAGUGGGAAGACGGGCCACCGGGCAGACAUCACGCUGAUCGACGGCAGCCUGCUCGUGACCGCCAUCGGGGAGACGGCGCUCAGAUUUUGGGAUUUAGAACGAGGGGAGAGCUACGUCCUGAGUCCAGAGGAAAAGUUUGGUUUUGAAAAAGGAGAGAAUAUAAAUUGCGUUUCUUACUGUAAAGUUAAAGGUCUCCUGGCAGCAGGUACUGACAAGGGGCGAGUAGCCAUGUGGAGAAAAGUGCCAGGCCUCCCGAAUGGCCACGGGGCCGAGGGCAAAGAAAAGUGGACCCUUCAGACCCCCACUGAGCUGGAAGGAAACAUCAUGCAGAUAAAGUGGGGCUCCAGGAAGAGCCUUCUGGCUGUGAACAGCAUCAGCUCCGUGCUCAUCCUCCGCGAGCAGGCCAUGUCGUCCCACUUCCACCAGCAGGUGGCCGCCGUGCAGGUCUCGCCGAGCCUCCUCAGCGUGUCUUUCCUGUCCACGGGGGUGACCCACAGCCUGCGCACAGACAUGCACGUCAGCGGAGUGUUCGCCACCAAGGAUGCUGUUGCUGUCUGGAAUGGAAAACAGGUGGUGAUCUUUGAGCCGUCUGGAGCCACGUUACGCACUGCAGGGUCCUUCCUGUGUGAGACUCCAGUGUUAGCCAUGCAUGAAGAAAAUGUUUAUACGGUGGAGCCAAACAGAGUCCAAGUUCGAACCUGGCAGGGGACCGUGAAGCAGCUCCUGCCAUUCUCCGAGUCAGAGGGGAACCCGUGCUUCUUGGACAUCUGUGGAACUUUCCUGGUUGUAGGGACGGACUUGGCUUACUUUAAAAGCUUUGAUCUUUCCCGAAGAGAGGCCAAGGUGCACUGCAGCUGCAAGAGCCUGGCCGAGCUGGUCCCAGGCGUGGGGGGCCUGACCUCGCUCAGAUGCAAUGCCAGCGGCAGCAAGAUCAGCCUCCUCCUCAGCAAGGCUGACAACAGCCCUGACUCCAAAAUCUGCUUCUACGACGUGGAUAUGGACACAGUAACCAUCCUCGACCUCAAGACAGGACAGAUAGAUCAAAGAGAGACAUUGUCCAUUAAUGGGCAGGAGACAAAGAAGAGCCAGGCCCUGGAGGAUGAGAGGCUGACAGACCUCGUGCCUGUGAACCACUUCUGGGAUCAGAGCGAGCCCCGGCUGUUCGUGUGCGAAGCCGUACGGGAGGUGCCCAGCGCCCCACAGCAGCCCGUGGACAGGAGCGUGCCGGCCGAGGCAGACGUGCUGGUCCUGUCCUUCUUCGUCUCGGAAGAGCAUGGCUUCCUGUUGCAGGACAGCUUCCCCCGGCCCCCCGCCUUCCAGAUGCUCCUGGGGAUCCAGGUUCCCCACUACUACUUCACGAGAAAGCCAGGAGAAGCUAAUCUGGAGGACCAACUGGACUCCGGAUCCCAGUGCAUCCCCCAGGCAGUGGGCAGGAGGCCCCUGCGGGACUUUGUGGGGCUGGAGGACUGCGACAAGCCCACGCGGGACGCCAUGCUCAACUUCAGCUUUUUCCUGGCCAUCGGAGAUAUGGAUGAGGCCUUCAGGUCCAUCAAGCUCAUCAAGAGCCAGGCCGUCUGGGAGAACAUGGCGCGCAUGUGCGUGAAGACGCAGCGGCUGGAUGUGGCCAGGGUGUGCCUGGGGCACAUGGGCCACGCCCAGGGGGCCCGAGCGCUGCGCGAGGCCCAGCAGGAGCCAGAGCCGGAGGCCAGGGUGGCCAUGUUGGCCGUGCAGCUGGGCAUGCUGGAGGACGCGGAGCAGCUCUACAAGAGGUGUGGGCGCUAUGACCUCCUCAACCGCCUGCUGCAGGCCUCAGGCCAGUGGCAGAGGGCCAUCGAGGUGGCCGAGCGCCACGACCGCGUGCAUCUGCGCACCACCUACUACAACUAUGCCCGGCACCUGGAGGCCAGCGGGGACUGCAACCUGGCCCUCAGCUACUACGAGAAGUCGGACACACACCGCUUUGAGGUGCCGCGGAUGCUGGCGGAGGACCUGCAGGCCCUGAAGCUGUACAUCAGCAAGAUGAAGGACAAGACGCUGUGGCGGUGGUGGGCCCAGUACCUGGAGAGCCAGGCCAAGAUGGACGCGGCGCUGCACUACUAUGAGCUGGCCCAGGACUACUUCUCCCUGGUCCGCGUCCACUGCUUCCAGGGCAACAUCCAACGGGCCGCCGAGAUAGCCAGCGAGACUGGGAACUGGGCAGCCUCCUACCACCUGGCCCGGCAGUACGAGAGCCAGAACGAGGUGCGGCAGGCCGUGCACUUCUACACGCGUGCCCAGGCCUUCAACAACGCCAUUCGCCUGUGCAAGGAGCACGGCCUGGACGACCAGCUCAUGAACCUGGCCCUGCUGAGCUCCCCCGAGGACAUGCUGGAAGCCGCGCGCUACUACGAGGAGAGGGGCGAGCAGAUGGACCGGGCAGUCAUGCUGUACCACAAGGCCGGCCACUUCUCCAAGGCCCUGGAGCUGGCCUUUGCCACCCAGCAGUUUGCGGCCCUGCAGCUGGUGGCAGAGGACCUGGAUGAGAAGUCGGACCCCGCCCUCCUGGCACGUUGCUCCGACUUCUUCCUGGAGCACGGUCAGUACGAGAAGGCUGUGGAGCUGCUGCUGGCCGCCAAGAAGUAUCAGGAAGCCCUGCAGCUGUGCCUGGAGCAAAACCUGACCAUCACUGAGGAGAUGGCCGAGAAGAUGACGGUGCCCAAGGACUACAAGGAGCUGUCCGAGGAGGCCCGGCGGGCGCUGCUGGAGCAGGUUGCCAGCUGCUGCAUGCGCCAGGGCAGCUACCACCUGGCCACCAAGAAGUACACACAGGCGGGGGACAGGCUGAAGGCCAUGAGGGCGCUGCUCAAGUCCGGGGACACGGAGAAAAUUGUGUUCUUCGCGGGCGUCUCGCGGCAGAAGGAGAUCUACAUCAUGGCGGCUAACUACCUGCAGUCCCUGGACUGGCGGAAGGACCCCGAGGUCAUGAAGAGCAUCAUCAGCUUCUACACCAAGGGCCGUGCGCUGGACCUGCUGGCCGGCUUCUAUGAUGCCUGUGCCCAGGUGGAGGUCGACGAGUACCAGAACUACGACAAGGCGCACGGAGCACUGACUGAGGCCUACAAGUGCCUGUCCAAGGCCAAGGCUAGGAGCCCGCUGGACCAGGAGGCCAGGCUGGCGCAGCUGCAGAGCAGGAUGACGCUGGUGAAGCGCUUCAUGCAGGCGCGCAGGACCUACACAGAGGACCCCGAGGAGUCGAUCCGGCAGUGCCAGCUGCUCCUGGAGGAGCCGCACCUGGACAGCAGCGUCCGCGUGGGGGACGUCUACGGCUUCCUGGUGGAGCGCCACGUACACGUGGGGGACCUGCAGACGGGGUCAAACCUGGGAAUCCUGCAUCGGGAGCGUGGAGUCAGUCGCUGGACCACCAGGGAAGUCCCUUCCUUUCCUACCUUUCUUAUUUUGAAAUACUUCAAAACUGGGAAGUUACAAGAAUAAUAGAACCCCAAUUACCCCUUACCAGAUUCAUGAUUUUUUUAAUAUUUUGUCGUAUUUAUUUAUUCAUUCUAUAAAUGUUUUAAGAUUUAUAUUUUACACAUAAAAUGAGUAUUUUCUGAGCCAUUCAAGGGGCACAGAGUCCUUCCUGCCCCCACUCCUCCAUCUGCUUGCACUUGGGGUGCCUGGCUCCUGGAGCUUCCGAGGGCAUUUAUUCAGUGAGAUGGACGUCAGGUCCCAGGGAGGGAGCGUGCAGGUGGACUUCUGGCCCCGGAGCACUCUUUCUGGAAGGCUCUUGAUCAUUCGGUGUAAUAGAACAGUUCUCGAGCAUUUUGAUCUGGGGACCCCUUUACACUGGGGACGUUACUGACAGCUUGAAGAGCUUUUGUUUAUGUGGGUGAUGUCUACCAAUACUUAACCAUAUUAGAAAAUAAUAAAUUUGUAAAAUAUUUGUUAACUUACUUAAUCAUAAAAAGCCCAUGAUAUGGUAACACCGGUAACAUUUUUAUUUAAAAUAACAGCAUUUUCCAAAGCAAAGACCUUUAGUGAGAAAAGUAGCUUUGUUGUACAUUUUUGCCAGUCUCUUUAAUGUCUGAUUUCUGCAUUCUAUUUGGCAAAAUAGGUUGUUUGAACUGAAAUAUGAGGCCUGUGAUGAAGACCCAGCUUCACACCAGCAUACAGGCGAGAAGGGGCGGGCCUUCCCGCACCCCCGCCUGGUGUCCGUGGGUCUGUCUCCUCGCCACACUCCGCAGUCAGAGACCAGGCCUUGCUUUUCGUACUUGUUACCUUAGAACCUGUUGGUCUGUCUUGGAUCUUGAACACACACGUGAUUUUGUCACAUCACAGUGUCAUUUGGAAAAUACUGGUUCACUGGGUUGUGCAAAUGUGAACACAGUUCAUUACACAUUGGAGAAAUCCUGCUGGCCGAUGUCACAGGGACCUCAUCUGGAAAGUCCCCAUGCAGGACGGCUCACCGUGGCCUCGAUGUAGGGGAUGCACACUGUGUCUCACUGUGGGGGUCACGCGCCCCGUCUGCAGGCCCCCCUCCCCCACGAGCGCCCGUGCUCCCCCCUCGAGUCACGAGGGGCCUGUCCUCUUACUGGUGCGCCACUGUGUCCUCUCCAUCUGGGGGCCCCUGCACCCCCAUCUGGGCCCGUCUGGCGUGUGUGUUGGCCCCGGCUCAGCCGGUCCCUCUCUCAGAAUGUUCCUGUCUGCACUGGUGCAGCUGCCGUGCUGUUGCUGCAGGUUACAGCUCUCCUGUCGCUCCGUCCGCACUUGCACCCCUGGUGGGUCUGGACCGCCUCUCCUCCCUCCAUCUCGCAUGUCUCUCCUCUCUCUUUGGAGCGUAGUCACUCCGCACUGUGCGGCAAAGCGCACCAGCCGUGCGGAGACUCGCGUCUGUCCUUUGGGUCCCACCCCCGCGGCCCCCACAGCACACUGCGCUCUCCUGGUCUCCUUACUGUGCAGCGCUCUCCUCCGCCUUCCUGUGCAUGCGGCGUGUUUACCGCACAGUCCUCCACUCUCAGCUUAGGUCCUGGUGUUUUUGUUGGUCGAGUCUUCUCUCUUUAUUGUGGUUCGUAUUUUCCUGCUGCUUUGCAGGCCUGGUGAUUAUGUAUUGGAUUCUAGACACUGCAGGUGUUUUAGGUUGUCAGGCGACGCUGUCUUUGUGUGUGUGUGUCUGUGUCCCUGUGUGAGUGUCUGUGUGUGUUUUCUAACAUUAUUUAUUUAGCUUUGGUUGUGCUGGGUCUUCGUUACUGUGCCCAGGCUUUCUGUAGCUGCAGCGAACACGAGCGACUCCUCGCUAAGGUGCACGGGCUUCUCGUUGCAGAGCGCGGGCUCUCGGGCACAUGAACGCUACAGCACAGGCUCAGUAGUUGUGUGCACGGGCUUAGUUGCUCCAUGGCAUGUGGGGUCUUCCCAAACCGGGGAUUGCGCCCACUCACCUUGCACGGGCACGUGAGUUCUCAUCCACCGAGCCACCACGGAAGCCCUGUGUGUGUGUGUUUAGACAUCACUGAGCUUUCUUCUGAGAUGAGAGUAAGUUACUUGGAAACAGUUUGAUCCUUUUGAGACUGUAUUUGGGAAAUCUGUAAAUAUUUUUUUCUGCCGUAUUCUUUCCGGCCCGUCUACACUGCGUGCAGUGUCAGGGUCCAGCCAAGGCCGGGACCUGGGCUCCAGGGCUCCCCUGUUCCUCGCAUGCCGGCUGCCAUGUGGACGCGGUUCUGGUUCCAGUUCUGGCUCUCUCAACGACAGGGUUUGGCUUCUGCGUGCCUCUCACAUCUCCCAGCACCUGGGCCCGGGCCUCCCUGAGGCAGUGGUUACAAGCAGAAGUCACCUGAGCGUGGGCCCCAACACACCUGCCACGGUUGUUCUCUGGAGCUGGGUGCGUUUGUGCAGUCUUUCCUUGCUGGUGGGAGGCUGACCUAAAGAGAGCCCAGCGGAAGCCUCCAUCCUCUCGUGCAGACAGCAGAGCUCUGCCCACCAUGUUUUCCUGUCGUGUCCCCACGGGCUGCACACAUACCUUGCCGCGGCCCAGAGCGCUGCCCGGCCCAGCCCCCGCAGGCAGUGACCCAAGGCCCGUUCCUUUCCCAGUCGCUCACAAGCCCAGCAUUGACCAGUUGUUCCAGAAGUGUUGCCAGUGGGCCGUGCCAGCCUUGUGGGGCGUGGCCCUGAUUCCCAGGGAAGCCGAGCAUCCGCCCGCGGCCCCAGCCUGGGGGUCAGCACCGUGAGCUCAGACUUCCUGGCUGGCUCACCCGUGUCCUCUCGGCCCGUCCACUUCCAGCUCUGAGCCCUUCUGUUGUUGUGGAGACAGCUCUGAAGUGAACCAAACAGUGUUCCCCUUUUAGGAGAACACAAGCUGGACAGCAGAGAUGCUUAGACCUCUGAAUCCUCAGUAUCAGAUCACAUUGCAAGCGUUUCACCAAAUUCUUUGUGGUCUCAAGCUUUGAAGCCUGUGGGAUUUUGAUUUUUAAGCUCUUUUAUUUAUUUACUUAUUUGGCUGCACCAGGUCCUCAUUGCAGCACACAGGAUCUUCGAUGUCCUGACCGGGGAUGGAGCCCUGUCCCCUGGCCAGGGGUGGGCGGAGUCUUAGCCACUGGUCCACCAAGGGGUGUCCCCUGGGGGAUACAGUAACUCCAAAUUUAAAAAAACCUGUAAAUAGAGAUGGGCAGGCCUGCAUGUCUCCUCCCAGGAGGGGAACACAGAAACCCUCCCUGCAGCUUGGGGGGGGUCCUCCCCGUCUCCCCCAGGACACCCCUCCCGUCGUAACAGCCCUGACAGACCCCCAGACCUCCUGAAGACGCUGCUGCCUUGCCCCUGUGCGCUGCCGAGUCCCCCUGCCCCCUGAAGUCCUUUCCUGCUUCCCACCCUCCCAUCCAUGUAGCAGCUCCCAGCCCGAACCCCGCAGCUGCCCAACCACUUCCACCCUCGCUGGGCCAGGCCUCUCACCACAGUGCCCACCAGCCUGGCCUGGGCUUCCUGUGCGCCCAGCACGGCUCCUGGCCUGCAGCCGGCACUCAGCAGACAUGAGGGACGGCCCUGGUGCCCAACACUGCCUCCCCGUCAUCACGGAGUCUGGGCACCUAUAUGCUGCACCCCUCGUCCCUCCAAAUAGCCUAGCUUAUCUCACAAUCUUUGUUUCUCUCUCCCAAUUAUAUCUGAGAUGACUGCUCUAGAAUUGUAUCAUCUGGAAGAAAUGCCCAGAUGUGACCAUCAUUUCCUCAUAAAGUCAGAGUUCCUGGAAACUAUUCACAUCCUGAAUUGAUUCUUAGUGAACUCACACAAGCCAUGUGAGGCCCCUCAUGUUCGCGUGUGACCCUCCCCGCAGGGGCACAGGUGGAGCAGGUAUAAGCAUGUCCAUCC